CCGCCACUUCCUUCUCAAUGCCUCCCCCAACCGUCACCGUCCUCAUCGCUGCCGAACCUGGCAAGUCUUUAGCCGUACCCUUUCAGCCCCAGGAGCCCGUUCACUUCCUCCUAACGCGUAUCGCUCUCAUGCUAAAGGAGAAUAGUUGCGGUGAGCAGGAUCAUGUCCUCUUCGUCAAUGGCAUUCCUAUCACGGAUCUCCAAAAAUCCCUUUCCGAUUACAGCAUCUUUGGAAGUUGUUUGACCUAUCAAAAUCUGAAGGAGGGCGAAUGGAUGAUUCAUGCCAGGACAUUUUCUGGCGAGGUCACCGACAUCAACUGUAACCCCGAUGACACUAUUCGCCAAGUCAAAAAGAAGAUCUAUGCCAAGGGAGGGACACACCUGGACGAGCUGACGCUCUUCAUCGGCGUGAGAGGCAGACAGCUGGAGAAUAAUAAGACCCUGAGGGAUUACAAGUUCCGAUCUGGAUCGACCCUAACUGCCGCUCCGUUUAUGGGUGGUGGCGGCGAACUUUCUUUUCCGGGAAUCUUGCAUUCGGGUGAAUGGGAUACACCGGGUCUCUGUAACUUCAGGCUAUCAUCUCAUGUUUCGCGUGGACGAAAAUCUUCGGAUGCUCCACGUGGACGAAAGGCGUACGAUGGCGCCAACGUUGAGUGCGAAUGUAAAUGUAAUCUGCGAUACGGGAUCAUCUGUCCACAGGGAUAUGGGCUUCUCGAAAUAUCUCAAACGACCUUCUACUGCUCGCUCUGCAAGACACAGGAUGAAAAAGUUAUCCCUGUCGCCGUUGGGUUUGUGAAUUGCAAGUACAGGAUCCAUGCCAUCAAGGACGCCACAGGGGAGCAGUAUACCUCAAGUUGGAAGAUCGUCAAGCCUGAGGCAGGCUACGAGCUCUACCAUGAUGGUACCCAGGCAAUUUGGCGACGAGUAGUUAUCGAAUCAUAUCAGCCAGGGGGAGGCAGUAGCGAGGAUACAUUAAUAAACGCCCUCUUGAAGCCCAUUCUUGCAGCGGCAUUCGGCAUGUUUGCGGGCUCUAUGUUUCGAUGGGCGAACCUUGACUCCGUUCUGGAGUUCCCUGAUUACCAGGUAUCGUUCGGCGAGCAUUCCUAUAUUCCUGAUGAAUUUAAACCGGUUGUCGCAUCGUCAGAGGAUAUGAGAAAAGACUACAAGAAGCUGGUCAUAAUGGGCAAGAAGGUCGCCGACGGUCUCUUUCAAGAUGGGUUCCCUACGCCUGUGAUUCUGAUCCAUGGACAAGGCAUGGAGAUAGAUGUCUACAGCAUCAGUCUUCGCUCUGAGGCAUUUUACAAGCUGAAAAAUCUGGGGAAGUUCAGGCUGGUGUCGAGCCCAUACGAGUCUGGACUGUUGCUUGGCUUGGGACCUCUCAUUUCUGCACAGGCGACUUCUUCAUAA